UUCCUUGCACCACAGAUGGUGAAGCCCAAGCUGUUCCACCUCCGCGCGUCUCCCUCCUCGUCCAGGCUCCCGAAGUCCGUCUCCGCAGCUUCAACGUCACGCGGUCCUCCGCCUCCUCCGACUCCAGAUUUCCCCGGAGGAGGAAAAGUCCUCAGAGAGGAGAGAGGAGGGACAGAGAGAGGCGGAGAACUCAGACAGACUCGCUCUCCGUCUUGUGUCCUCCUGACUUUUCCCCGUCGCCGCCGUCAUGUUGGACACGCUCACCUUCCUCCUGGAGAAACUCUUCCUCCUCGCCCACAUCAAGCUGUCCAGCCUGCUGCCGCCGCCGGGCAGGGAGCGCGGAGACCCGCCGCUCACCAGGCGCUGUGACCCCGCCGGGGCUCCGCCAAAGUUUCAGCGGGGGGACCUGCUGGAGGUCCCGCGCACGCUCUUCACCCACUUCGGCAUCUACCUGGGCGACAACCGGGUGGCGCACCUCAUCCCGGACAUUCUGCCGGUGCUGACGGCCGACGGCCGGCAGAUCCAGGAGAUGGUGACCAACACGCGGCUGCUGCUCGGGGUGCUCUCCAAGCACGCCAGCAUCCGGGUGGACUCGGUGGAGGACUUCGCGUACGGAGCCGGGAUCCUGCUCAACGCCAUGGACCGGGCGGUGCGCCGGAGCCCGCUGUCCGGGGAGGAGGUGGCCCGGCGGGCGGAGCGGCUGGUCGGCACCGUGUCCUACAGCCUGCUGUGGAACAACUGCGAGCACUUCGUCACCUACUGCCGCUACGGGACGGCGCAGAGCCUGCAGACCGACAAGUUUUGUGAGUGGCUGAAGUCCCUGAUCCGGGACCGGCGUAACGUCCUGCUGACGGCGCUGCUGGGGCUCCUGUCCAUGGUGUGUUUGGGAAUAUCCUCCAGCACUGCCCUGCCCACCCUCCUCAUCCCCUUCACCCUGUGGAUGGCCAGCUAGAAGCUUGAGGGAAAAGGACGUAGUCGUCUGCAAAUAACUUCAUACAAGUUAAUAACGCAAUAGUGAAUGAGCCUAAAUCCAUUUGUAGCUCCUUCCUGCUGCACAUGAAGCGAUUGGUUUUAAAGUCUCCGUUUGUUUAGAAUAAACAGAAGAAGAAGAAAUUAAUCCUUAGCAUUAGCAGCCUCAACAACCAGAACUGAACUGAUGCAUAAAAGAAAUUUAAAUGGCAUAAAAGACUAAAAGCAAAGAACAAAAGCAACACCCACUCUGCUCGAUUGACAGGUGAUUUUUUUUUCAGGUGAUGGGUCCUAAACCAACAAAGACAGACAACUUUAAAUGAAUUGAAGGCUUGUGGUUUUCCAACUUUAAACUGUUACGUUAGAGGGACCAAAGAUCAUUUUAUAAUUACUAGUUUUUACUGAAGCUGAUUGUGGAAAUGAUGUGAACCUUUUUUUUUCUUUUCUUGUCAGCCUUUUCCAACAUGGGGGCAUAUUCCUUUUCCCAACAAGACAGAGUCAGUGAACAAAACAGACAUAUUUUUCAGAAUCUAUAUAAAAAACUUUCAUGUUUUUUCUCAAAUUAAACACCCAUACUGUCACAGGUGUUUAAAGAAGACACUGUUAAAGUUUCCUUAGACGCAUCGCAGCUAGAUUUGAUCCUGAUUGGCCGUGCGGUCCAUCCAAUCAGGUCCUUCUGUAUCUGUAUUUAAAAGUGAAAAGCUUCCGUCUAAAAAGAAGUUAAGAUCAUUUGAAUUAGAUGUGAUGAUGCUGUCAGCCAAUCAGGCGCCAGUGUUGGGAGAGCUUAUUCUGCGUCUUCAUCCAGUUCAGUUCAACUUUUAAAGAAUCAGUCUGGUGUCACUCUGUGUUUUUCUUACUGUCAAAAAAAACCCAACAAUGCGUCUCCUAACACUUACUGACUUCCCUCCUCUGUCUGUGGCGCUCAGCCCCGGGCCCAUUGGUUCCCACUGAAGACGUUAAUCUUUACGAGCAUUUAAAUCUUUAAAAACGCGAAUAUAUAGCUUCUUUUAAAAAAAUAAUUUGCGUGACCAACAGCUGCUGCAGGAAAUAGAGCAUGUGUCGGGGACUAU